CAGUUAUAAAGUGCGUCUCCACUUUGCUGAAAUAAUGUUUUCGGAUGACCAGACUUAUAGUAGCCUUGGGAAACGGAUUUUUGAUGUAUCAAUCCAAGGGAAUCUAAUUUGGAAGGAUUUUAAAAUAGAAGUUAUUUAACUUCUUUUUUUUUUUUUUUAUCGGAGGAGGAUUUGGACUAGUUUACAAGAUUAUUGCUAACGCAAGUUAUUAAAUUUUCAUAACUAUCUUGCAACAUUAAGGUCAUGUGUUGUUUUAAGCUUCCAUGCCUAGAGGCAGGGUGGCAACGACAAGGAAUUUAAAUUUUUUCCACAUAUCAUGUUUUUUAUAUUUAAUUAUUAGAAAUUCUUUUUGCUUGAUUUUAGGGUGUCUUGUCAGAUGGUGUAGUAAUCGCUGUUAAGCAGCUUUCCUCCAAAUCUAAGCAAGGAGAUCGCGAAUUUGUCAAUGAGAUAGGCAUGAUAUCUUCCCUACAACACCCAAACCUUGUGAGGCUUUAUGGCUGUUGCAUUGAAGGAAACCAGUUGUUGGUAAUUUAUGAAGACUUGGAGAACAAUUGUCUUGGCCGUGCACUUUUUGGUCGCGUGGAACACCAGAUAAACCUGGAUUGGCCAACAAGAAAGAAGAUAUGUUUAGGAAUAGCAAGGGGCUUAGCUUAUCUUCAUGAGGAAUCAAGGUUGAAAAUUGUUCAUACAGACAUUAAGGCUACCAAUGUGCUGCUUGAUAAGGAUCUAAAUGCCAAGAUAUCUGACUUUGGCUUGGCCAAGCUUGAUGAAGAAGAGAACACCCACAUCAGCACGAGAAUUGCUGGAACAAUAGGAUACAUGGCUCCUGAAUAUGCAACCAGAGGUUAUUUGACAGACAAAUCAGAUGUUCACAGUUUUGGAGUAGUUCUAAUGGAGACUGUCAGUGGGAAAAGCAUUACAAAUUACAGGCCAGAGGAGGAGUUUGUUCACCUUCUUGAUUGGGCUUGUAUUCUGCAAGAGCAGGGAAACCUUCUAGAACUUGUGGAUCCGAGAAUUGGUUCAAACUACUCAAAAGAAGAGGCAAUGAGGAUGUUAAACUUGUCCCUUUUAUGCACCAACGCAACUGCCGCCUUUAGACCAUCCAUGUCUUGUGUGGUGAGUAUGAUCGAGGGCAAUAGCCCAGUCCAAGCGCCAAUAGUCAAGCCUAGUUCAGAGAACGAGGAUUCCAAGUUUGAAGCCAUUGAGGAGCUACCACAGGACAGCCAGACAGGCGUCUCCACAGUCUCUCAGACACAGGUGGAGCCAAAAAAUUUAAUUUGGACUGUAUAA